AGUUGGCCUGGAUGAGCGCAGGCAUGGCGCUGUGGGCUCUGACCCUGGGGCUCCUGCUGUUGACGGCUCUGGGGCACCUGUGUCUGCUGCACCUACGGAGGCAGCGCAGGCCCGGGGAGCCCCCCCUGGACAAGGGCCACGUGCCCUGGCUGGGCCAUGCCUUGGCUUUCCGGAAGAACAUGUUCAAAUUCCUGAAGGGAAUGCGGGAAAAGCAUGGGGACAUCUUCACGGUGCAGUUUGGAGGGCAGUACUUCACAUUUGUCAUGGACCCUCUCUCCUAUGGCCCCAUCCUCAAGGACACGAAGAGAAGACUGGACUUCGUGUCCUACGCGAGGCAGCUGGUGUUCAAGGUGUUUGGGUAUCGCUCACUGGACGGAGACCACCACAUGAUCCACGCCGCCAGCACCAAGUACCUCAUGGGGCCCAGCCUGCAGGAGCUCAACAAGGUCAUGCUGGACAGCCUGUCCUUGGUGAUUCUGGGGCCUGCGGGCUGGGGGCCGGGCCACAGUGGCUGGCACGAGGAGGGCCUCUUUAAUUUCUGCUACAAGGUGCUCUUCACGGCUGGCUACUUGGCCUUGUUUGGCUUCACACGGGACAAGGAACAGGACGUACUGCAAGCACAAGCGCUGUUCUCAGAGUUCUGCAAGUUCGAUGUCCUCUUCCCCAGGUUUGUCUACUCUCUGCUGGGGCCUCGAGAGUGGCGGGAAAUAGGCCGACUCCAGCGGCUGUUCCACAAGAUGGUCUCUGUGCGGGAGAACCGGGACAAGGAGGGCGUCAGCAGCUGGCUCUCCUUCAUGCUUCAGUACCUGCGGGAGCAGGAGGUGCCCGAGGACAUGCAGGACAAGUUCAACUUCAUGAUGCUCUGGGCGUCCCAGGGCAACACCGGGCCCUCCUCCUUCUGGGCCCUGGCUUUCCUCCUGAAGCACCCAGAGGCCAUGCAGGCUGUGCGGAAGGAGGCCACCGGGCUCCUGGGGGAGGCCCGGCUGAAGGACAGGCAGCCCUUCCAGGUGGACGUCAGCGUCCUGCACCACACCCCGGUGCUGGACAGUGUGAUGGAGGAGUCACUGCGGCUGGGGGCCUCGCCCACCCUCUUGAGGCUGGUGCAGGAGGACUGCGCCUUGAAGAUGGCCAGCGGGCAGGAGUACCUGGUCCGCCGGGGAGACAUCGUGGCCCUUUUCCCUUACCUCUCGGUGCACAUGGACCCCGACAUCCACCCCGACCCCACCGCCUUCCAGUACGACCGCUUCCUCAAUCCCGACGGCAGCCGCAAGGUGGACUUCUACAAGGCGGGCAGGAAGAUCCACCACUACAGCAUGCCGUGGGGUGCCGGUGUGUCCAUCUGCCCCGGCAGGUUCUUUGCCCUCAGUGAGAUGAAGCUCUUUCUCCUGCUCAUGGUCACACACUUUGAUCUGGAGCUGCUGGACCCUGCCACACCCGUGCCGCCCGUGGACCCCAACCGCUGGGGCUUCGGGACCACGCAGCCCACCCACGACCUGCACUUCCGCUACCGCCUGCGGCCGCCCGAGUAAGCUCUGUGUGACAGUGUGGCCUGGACAGGGCUGCCU